AAUCAAAAUAUGUUUUGAUGUGUCGAGUUUGACGGAUAUCUUAACCUUUAAAAUCUUGAAUUUUAAUAUUUGAUAACUUGUUUUAUGAGACAGACUGCCGCAUUUUUCUGCUGGAUUCUUUCGUUUCGCGUUGAAUGAGUUCAUUUUUACUAAGAUUUGGAGUGGGGAGGUAUUCUAAAUAAAUACUGAAGUUUUACAUUGGAACAAGAGUGUCAUAAUUAUAAGACUGGUUGAACACAUAUAGUAUUUCCAUUUGAAGGAAGCUUAUUCCUGCUUUACGCGCACUUUUGCAUCAAGAAAAAAUAUGCGAAUUGUGCGAAAUGGAAUAUUAGAGAGAUAAUAAUGUUAAGCAAGAGACCUGCUCUGGCAAUAGAUGUGGUAGAAGGCUCUUUCAAAACUCUCCAACCAAAGAAGGAUCACCAAAAAAAAAAGCAUCUCUUAUACAUGUACAUAAAUAUAUUUUUAUUGUGAUUAUAUCGCGACAAUUUUAAAAAAAUAUGACAAAACAUUGUGAGAUACUUAAUUGUCCAAAUCGAAAUAAAGGAAAAGACAAGAUUCAUGUGUUUAGUUUUCCGCAAAUAGAAAGUAUAGCAGCUAAAUGGAUUGAAGCAACCGGACGGAAAAAAUUUAUACCUAACAAAUACAGUGCAAUUUGCGAUAUCCAUUUUAAAUUAGAAGAUUUUAGCAACACUACAAGAAGAGUACGUUUAAAACCAGAUGUAGUACCUACUAAAAAUUUAAUAAAUUGUACAAGUACAGAAAGAGUAAAAACAAUUAUAAGUGAAGUAAGAAAGCAAAUAAGUUCAAAUGAAAAAGAGAUAGAAAUCAAAUUCAUUCUGAAGUUAGAAGAAGGUGAACAAAAUUCUAUAUGUAAGCUAGAGAUAGAAAAUGAAAUACAAAAUUCUAUAUACGAAACAAAUACAAGUGAAACAUUGAAGCGGAAUGAUGUACUCACAUUUCAAGAGAUGAAGAUGAAAAUCCAAAAAUUAGAAAAAAAAAAUGAAGAAUUAAUAAAUAAAUUACAAUCUUUGCAAAUAAAUUUAGAAGAAAAAAUACAAGUUCAAGCAAAUGUUUCCGAAAAAAAAUUACAAUGUCAAACAGCAAGGUUGAAAUGUAUUGUUGAAGAACAAAGAAAAAAAUUCAAAAGAAAAUUAGUUACAAAAGAAAAACAAUUAAAAAUAUUAAGAAUUGCUGUGAGACGAAAAAAUAAUCACAUAAAAAAUUUAUUAGAUAUUGUUAAAAUCAAGAAGAUAUUAACUAAAACAUCAUAUAAUACUUUAAAACAUGAUUUUGGAGAAUCAUCUUUCUUAGUAAAAAAUGAAACACAAAAUCAAAAUAAAUCAUCUCAUAGAUCGAUACUCAUAGUCGAUUCUUAUAUUUUAGACCAUCUUAAGUGCAAUCCUAAGAUAUCAUAAGCCAAUUUUAUUAAAAGAAAGUAAUAGCACCUUAAGACAUUAUUUAAGAUUGUUAAAAUAAGAAUAGACUAUAAUAACGGCCAUAAAAGAUGAUAUAAAAUGCACACAUAUUAACACAAAAUUCACAGAUAAUUCAAGAAAAUUCGAAUUCUGAUUCUGCAAUAAGAUUGUUUAUACUUUUACUUAAUAAAUAUUUUAAGAAUAUAAGGGGUUUAUUAACGAGGGGUUCUUGAACGAAAAUUUUGCAUCUUCUAAUAUAAAAAUAAAAGUUGCUGAAUUUUAAGAAACUUAUAACCGAAUAUU